AUGUGUAAUAAAGGGGAUAGGAAUAGGAAUGAGAAAGGGAUCGUGAUGCAAGCAAAUGUCCCCAAGCCUUAUGGAAUUUCAGGGAAGGUCCCAGUUCAUCUAAACAUGCUUGGUGGUCAGUGGGCCCAGGAUGACAAGUAUGUCUCUGGUGACCUCCUCGACCACCACCACUCUACCAUCAUCUUGAAGAAAAACCCAGGUACUGCCCUCAUAACCUUUGGCAGUUUGGGACUCGGAUCCCUCGUGAAGCGUGUUGCUCUGUUAAAACUGAGUGGACUUGAUUAUAGAGGUCUGGAGACUGUGUGUGGCAACAGUAGAAUAGACUAUUUAAACAGUCGACGGUUUUCUUCGUGUACGAACAAUUGUAGAAGUGCCGUAGAUUUGAACACUGUGAGAGCAGCAGGGGCUGCCACAUUUGUAGUGGCAUAUGCUGUGCAUAAGGUGUUUGCUCCAGCACGUAUAGCUAUAACACUUACCGCCACUCCUUUUAUUGUUAGACAUCUACGAAAAAUUGGAUUUUUGAAACCACCCAAACCUAAAGCAAGUUAAGGCUUUAAAAUUAUAAAUGCUGUUAAAAGCAUUGGAAUAAUUCUUAAUAUUAAUUUUUAGAUUGAAAUGGUCAUUAUUCUGAUGAAUUAGUGGGAUAUACAAAAUAUUGGCAAAUUCUGUAGUCCUAAAAUUGUAACAGUUGUAAACCUAAUUUGCUCAAAAGAUUUGCACAUUAAAUCUAAGGCUUAUUGUCUCAUUCAUUAAAAUAAGCCUUCAUUACUUGAUACACAUGUUGGCUUGCAGUACUAUAUAGGGUUUGUAAUUUAUAAUUUUAUAUCAAACGUUCUCUUGAAGACAUUUAGUGCUUGGUGAUGGCUUGUAGCCUCUUGUUGCACAGACGUCCGUUGAAUGAACUUUAGUGUGUACUAAAUUGGGACCAUGUUCAGAAGUUUCUGAUGAUUUGAAUGUUUAUUGAUUGAUCUCUGCUUCUGUGGGUGAGCACAGUUGUGUAAUUUUAGCAAAGAUUUAUAAUUUAAGCAAUUUAAAUUAAAAUACUGUACUGUAAUUAUGAAUUGUUUUAUUUUGGUUACGAAUGAUUUCAGGGUUGUGCUGCAGUGUGGUUGUUUCUUUGAUGCUAUAUAAUACAUGUAAUACUGUACUAUAAUGAAUGAAUGAGAGAGAUAUUUACAGUGUAUAUAGUUUUUUAUUUAAAAUGUUAAACCUUUUCACUAUUACACAGCUUUUUUGUUUCUUGCUCAAGAGCCAAUGCUUUUCAACCUGAUGAAAUUGAGAAAGGGGUAAAUUUGUGAUUGGCUUUGAGCAAAUCUGUGAUGUAUAUAGCUCUAAAUGUGGUACUUUUUGCUCUUUACACUUCUGCUGCUGCUGUACAGAGUAGACAGUGGGAGGCUGUAUCGACUAGAUUGACAGUCGCAUAAGAUUAGUGUAUGAAUAGCAUGUGGGAGGCACACAAAAACUCUAAAGUGAUGUCUCUAAGAUCUUAUGGUGGGGCAUUCACUACUGUCAAAAAUUUUACUUUACCAUAAUAUUUAUCACAUGAAUCCAUUGGACUUGACAAAACUCCAUGAAUCUGUAUGGUACUGUGCUGGAACAAAGGUGGACUACUUUAAGAACAAAUUUGAAAAGUUGUUGAAAGAAGUACUGGACCAACUGGGCUGUAGUGGAUAUAUGGACCUAUGGGCAGCUGCAAGCAACAGCCUGUUGGACCAAGUUAUCACAAGUAGAGCCUAGUUUCAUGCCGGGCUUGGGUAGUAGAACUCCUUCCGAGACCCCUCUCCAUAUCUUGCUGCCAUAGUACUAUACUCAAGAGCACGUCACUCUUCUUUAUUGAGAGGUAGUUUGUACCCCAUACUCGUCCUGCGAUUGAUAACACAAAGGUACAGUGUUAAACAGCCUGAAUGGUUCCUGAUCAGGUUUUUGAAGGCUACACAAACAUUAGCCAGCCAUGCACAUGUUGACAAUGUUACCCUCUUGAUGUUUGUGUAUUGCCAUACACUGCAGGGUCCAGCAAGUUCAGCAGAACUUCGGUUUCAACUCUUGACCAUGUCGUAGCUCAGUCAAUUAAGGCAGCGUCUGGGAUGCUCCCAGACACAGGUUCGAAUCCUCGUCACGGCCCUUGUUGAUUUGUUCAGAAAGGGAUAUGUUUGUAAUAUACCGUAUAUACAGUAUCUACCCGACUUAGGUACCUUCCAUUUAGCACUCCCUGCUGGACUUGACAGCUGGUUUUGAUAACUAUUUGGAGCUAACAUCUCAUUUACUGAAGCUUCCAAUAGAGGUGGAAUAAGAUUGCUCUUUGAAUUUACUAAGCUUGCCCACUAAGUAAACAAGUGGCUGUUAUUGGGUUGUUGUGGUACAACUUCAUUUAAGUCGAUGCUUUCCACCAUGUUUUUGUGGAGUGUACUUGUCUAGUUGUGCUUGCAGGGGUUAUACUUGCUUCGGCUCUUUGGUCCUGCCUCUUAACUGUUAAACACAUGGUGUCCAGAUUCCUGAGCCUACUGGGAUCUAUCAUAACUACAUUUGAAACUGUGUAUGGAGUCAGCCUCCAGCGCAUCACUGCCUAAUGCAUUCGAUCUGUUAACUACCUUGACACUGAAAUUCUUUUUAAAGUCUUUGUGGCUCAUUUGGGUAAGUUUUGGUACUAAGUUUCCACCUGUGUACCCUCCCCCCCCCCCCCCCGUGUUAGUGUUCCACCCAUGCUAAAUAGUUUUUGUUCACCCUGUCAAUUCCUCUGAAAACUGUGGGAAAUGUGUGUGGGAAUGUAUUUCUCUGGAGUGACUGGGAAUGUACCAGUCUCUGCAAUUUUAUGUGGGAGGGAUGAAUGAAUGUGUGUGUGUGUAAGCGAGAGGGAAAACGUGUGCCUGUGAUAUGGACGAGCGGUGUGUGGGAAUGAGUGAAUUUAUCAUUUUCCUUAAUGUUUUGAGAGCCCAAGAGUUACUUGGUUAUAUUUAACAAAGCAUUUGCAACUUUCCUGCUUUAGGAAGUAGGGUAUAGCUCCAUACAGAUACCUAAAUUAGGUGAAUACCUAAUUUAAAGAUUGACAUUAAUGGGUGUGUGUGUGUGUGUGUGUGUGUGUGUGCACUUGUGUGCUUGUUGACCAUUUAUAUACAGUAUAUAAUAGACCAAAGUGUCCAAAUUUUCAGUGAAGGUGCUGUUGAGGUUAUACUUAUAAGCUGUAUAUAUGUGUGUGAAAUUUUACAAUAAAACUACUGUAUAUUA